UCCGAAUGCGCGAUUUAUUGCGGCGAAACUAAGCUACUUGACCGAGGACAGAGAGGUGGCCUUUCACCUAUACAAUUUUUCUGUGUCUUUGGCGAGAAACAAGCACCGAGCUCUGUGGUGCAGUGUCUGUUGCCUUUUGUCAAAAAGGCCCUUUUCCGUCAUACCGCAGACAAGCCUUCCAAUUCCAAUCCCCCACACUCCGAACAUCCGGCCAAACCCGCCCACUGCCUCGCAACCUUGAACAGCCCGCAUCGAAGAACAAGAGUCGAAACCCAACAACCCUCAAUCCACCCCGAAACGAAAACUCCCCCAAAAAAAACCAAAAUGUCCACCCCAACCCCCGACCCGGGCGCCGUCGCCCUCGACGCCCUCACCGACUUCUUCACGCAGCUCUACUCCGUCGCCGAGACCGUGGUCACCCGCUUCAUCACGAACCUGCACGGCUCCUUCGCCAACGUCUCCAUGGGCCGCUGGACCAAGGUCAUCCUCUCCGUGGUCGGCUACCUGAUCAUCCGACCUUACAUCGAAGCCUGGUUCAAGAAGAUGCACGAGAAGGACCGCAAGAAGCACAUGGAGAAGAAGCGCGCCCAGGAAGCGGCGGCUGGCGGUGGUGCCGCAGGCAAGGGCGAGAAGAAGAAGGCGCGCAUGUCGGCCAAUGCGCUCCGCGGCGGGGGACGGGUGCUCGGGGAGGUGGAAAACACGGACGAUGAGAUCGAGGACGAGGAUGAUACCGCCGCCGCCGCCGCCGCCACUGCCACUGCCACCGCGACCGCGACCGGCUCCGCGGCUACGUCCACCGUUACGCAGGAGGAUUUCGCGACGGCGAGCGGGGUGCCUGAGUGGGGGAAGAAUGCCCGCAAGAGGCAGAAGAAGUAUCAGAAGAGCUUGGAGAAGGAGGCGGAGAAGCAGACGCAGAAGUUGUCCGAGGAGGAGAUUAUGGAGCUGUUGGAUUGGAGUGAGGAUGAGGCUGAGGGAGUUAAGAAGGAGGAGUAGGUUGGGGCAAUCCCAAAUUGGUUCGACGAGAGUCCUGGACGGGCUCUUUGAAGUUGGAUGGAUGCAUUGGUGCGUGAUGGUGCUGCGGAGCUCUCUCUUCUUUCUGUGAGCGGAGUACGUAUAUAUAUGUGUGUAUGUGUGUGUCUCGUUGGUCGGGACUAUUAUUACUCUUAAUAUCUCUACAUAAUUGGUAUAGACAAA